AUGGGCUUCAAAGAGCUCCUCAAAGACUCCGUCACGGAGGUCUUCACCUACCGCACCACGAAGCUCGUGAAGACGAACGAUAAGUUCUUAGUGACGCUGCACUUCAUAUUCAUGAGCCUGAUCGCGACGUUCGCGCUGGUGUCGAUCUUAUUGAGUCAUAACUACAUGCUUUUCGAGCUUCCGGCGCUGUACGUGACGACGACGUAUCAGAAAUUCGGACCGGAUCCGGUGACGAGCAACGUGGUGCUGGCGCGUGAAAUCGCGCAGAAUGCGACUGUGGAUUAUUGUAACACAGGGUACGUGAAUUGGCGUCGAGGGGGGAAGGUGUUUGACGACGCUUACAUGACGGCGCUCGAAUGUACGGCGCAGCACGCGCCGGCUGAGUACGUGUGGCCGUUCGAUGCGGGGAAUGGGAUGACCAUCGGCACGUUUGCAGAAGUACACUCCGUGACGAGAUCGUGUACAUCACCGGGCGCGUCGACGUACGGGGCGGCAGGGUGUACGGAGACUCAGACGUCGCCGCAAGCGUACAUGGUGGUCGGCGUAGACUUGCUGAGCAUGCAGUUAGAUAUUCGGUACCAAACAGCCACUGGAACUCUUAACGAGGCGGAAGUCGUUGACGUAAAUGGAGUAGAGUAUAUCACCUCGAUAACCAAGCCGACGGUCACGUUUCCGCAGUUGUUAGCCAUGGCGGGGAUCAACUCGCUCGACGAAACAAAUCCCUCAAUCGUCGGCGACCGAGGCUCCGUGACAGGGCUGCCCUAUCGCAUGUCGGGCCUGCGCCUGAACGUGAAGGUGUCGUUUACAAACACUUAUUUUAGUAAACCGUUGAAGACGACGGUCACGGCGACUUUGUCUGCGGAACAAGUGAAGACGAAUAACUUCAACGCGAAGACGACGGUGACGUAUUUGCCUCACCCAACAGAUGCCGGGAUACAUUCCAUAUCGCGGUACUUCCACACGUGGGCCACGUCAACCGUCACGUUUGUGUCGUCCGGGCAUAUCGGCAAGUUCGACUUGUUCGCCUUGGCUCUCGCCAUCACGAACGCUUUCGUGCUAAUUGGCAUGGCGACGACCAUCGUAGAUUUUGUUGGCGUCAUGUCUUCUGAAACGUUUUUAGACGACAAGUACGAAGACGACGGCGAACGUUUCGGUUUAGAAAUGAUGCUAGCGAACAUCGAGAACGAUGAUCACCCGGGAGUGCCGUUCGAUCCCAACGACUUGCGCUUGAAGGACGCUGCCGGCGACCCUGGCCUGAGCUACGAAAAGACACUCGAGCAGUUACUCGACGAGGUGCGGGAAAUCCAAGAACAGCUCAGUCUGCUGCCGGAAGAUGAAAAUGAGCUUCGCGCUAUCACUACUGGCCAUGCUGAGGAAGAAGAGUAUAGAAAGCUGCGCUUGAUUUACGUCCCUGACCCGCUCUCAACUGAGGCAAACGACAAGUCCUACGUUCCUCCAGAGAUUUUAUUGCACGACGGUCAGCAAACGAUCGGUCGUGGCAUGGGGGGUAUUGAAAACAAGGGCGUGAGUAGACAGCAGUUCUCAAUCGCGGUCAUCAAGGAAAGGAUCCGCAUGAAGUCUCUGCACGAAGGACCUGGGGUGUGGCGCCAGAGCUCAGGUCGUUGGGAGAUGCUCCCAGUCGGCAAGGCCGCUGUCUUGAGUGUUGGCGAUCGUUUGUGCUUUAGAAUGCGAGAGGGUAAAUUGGGGGGGCACGAAGGCGUGUUCACGCUCGAUUUCCAAGACACGCGCAUGGAGUGCACGGUGUUUGGAAUCCCGUUGCGUUGA